CAUGCGAUACAGUCGGGGCCCCUUACUGGUUUGGAGGAAGGAGGGAGCUUCGAGACCACAUAGUUGAUGAGUUGUCCCUGCUUGUCAUCAGGUUGCUUCUUUAUUCCUGUCACGGGGAGCAGAGUCUCUCCUGUUUCCUGGGCAUGAAAUGUGACCCUGAUGUGGGGAGAGUGGGCCCGUUUAGUCUACUGAAUCCAUUAUAGGGUGUGUCACCUGUAGCUCCUAAAUAACAGAAUCUGGUGGCCUUAGGGCUAUCUGCAGAAUCAGCUCAGAGGGUAGGGAGAUACCACGGUGCAUUGGGGAUGUGACCUGAGCAGUUUCGGGUCUGCGAUCUAAAGCACUGAGAGGCCCUCUUCUCCCAUCCCUAUUUCGUGGAGAGCCUUCCAGUGCCCAGAUUCUUCUUCCCAGAGGGGAGCUGUGUCACUGUCUCUGUACUCUUGAUCAGGUGUUUGUGUUGGAAGCACCAGCCAGCAUUCUGGAAAGGCAGUUCUACCCUGGGCAGACACUUUCCUUGCAAAGCUGGGAGUGUCCUGUUUGUUGGAGAUACAUGUGGCUUCUGUUCCUAGAUCAGACAUGAUGACAACCAACCAAAGAAAUGGUCACACCCCAGUUUAGCUGGUGGGUUUAUUUUUGUUCCUUACAGAAGUAUGGGUGAAGGAGCACCCACACAUAGGAGCAUGGAUGACUCAGCUACGUCACUGAAAAGCCCACGGGGGAUGAUGACUCAGGAAAGCUGCAUCUCUGGAGAUGCCUGCAGACUGGAAGGCAGCUCAUCUGGGCAGGGUCCCCCUCCCCAGCCGGUGCUUGUAUAAGCUUGUGGAAGGGUGUGUGUGUGUGUGUGUGUGUGUGUGUGUGUGUGUGUGUGUAUGCAUCUUAAAGUCUCAGCUUAUGAGAUUUUUGUGUUUUGUUUAGUUCCGAGUCUUAAGAGCCCCCUUCUCCCUGUAGACAGGAGCAUUUUGGUUUGGAGAAAGUGGGUACACACAGAGCAGGCUGGUGCUCCCAGUUCUUGCCUCAGGAGAGGCAGCUUUGCUUCAGAUUAUAAUCCUUUAGACAGUCCUUUACCAGAUCGAGGGUGCCAGGGUCUAGCAGAAGAUUCUCAGCAGAAGGCCCCUGUGCGUGCCAGGGUUAGAGGAUCUUGACCUGAAUCCCAGCACCCAUGUAGACUAAUGUAGGGUUCUGAAGUGUUCAAGUUCAGUUCACAGCUAGGAGGUAAGGAAUCUACAACUCAAAGGACUCCCCAGCUCUAUGCAGGAGGUAGAUGCUACAAGCAUCUUUAAAGAGUUGGUACCUUUGUUUUGGGCUAUUCUGCCUUGAAACAAGAGACUGCCUAGAUUUUUAAGAUGGUGGUAUAGAAGACAGGGAAGCAGCUCCAGCCCAGGCGUGAGAACCCUUAGUCAAGUGCUGAGGUCCCAGGACUGGUUCUGGACCUAUAUGCUCAGAUUUAGGUAAUAUAUUUUAACUGCAGCUCUGCAUGGGAGACCUUGGGACCUUUGUGGCAGCUGUGACUUAAGGCACCAGGGGAUACAGACUCCUAUAAGAACUCCAACUGGAGCUGGGGGUGUAAUUCAGUUGGUUAAGUGCAUGGAUGAAGCCCACGGUUUCACCUCUAGCACUUCAUAAACCAGGUCUGUAAACACAGCACUUGGGAGGUAAAGGCAGGAGAAAGGUGAGUGUGAGGCCAGCCUAGACUACAUGAGACCCUGUCUCAAAAACUAAGGAUCCACAACCAAGACAAAAAACGAGCCCCAGACUGGCAGAGUGCCCAGUCCAGAAGAUCCUGGGGUGGGAACCUGCUGGGGUGAAAGCCAUGUUCCACAGGGCCCAGCUAGAAAUGUACUUUAGAUAUAGUGCUGGGUCUAUGUGGAUUUUGCUGUACUCACAACCAUUUGAUGCUCAAGUGUGGAGUAAGACAGGGUCUCCCUGGGAUUCAGGUACCCAGGAAGGUAUUACAGCAGCAAUUUGCCAGGUUGAGACUCAAGCCAGGGCCUGCUGGUGUGGGUGGAGGGAAGGAGGUAGGGCUAUUUAUUAGUGCUGGAGUGAGAAAGCUGGGGGCUGGGGUGUGGCUCAGUUGGGUAGAUGCUUAUGAGCAUGCUCAGACCCUGGGUUCCGUCCUCAGCACCACAUAAGCCAGCAAGGGGUUAGGGUGGGCUUGAGUGCCUAGGGUGGGCUUGGUCAACUGCUGCCCUGCUUUCCAAGAUGGUGACAUCCAGUUGGCACAAAGACCUCUGAGCUGCAGGAGUACAGGUUCUGGGCUUGGCAGAGGCCAGUAUGCGCUGUGCCUGCCAGAAGUCCCCAGUCUUGGGUAGACUAUUGCAGCUUUUGGUCUGAAAGCCCUCCAGACAGAUGGAGGAAUUGGUUUGAGCUACAAAUUCAGACCCUGAGGGUUUGGCUCGGCACCACCCACUGGAGGAGACCAUGGAGCAGCAAGAUGAGCAGUCCCUGGAGUCCCUGCAGGCCUGUGUGGAGAAUUUUGUUCUACCCCAAGAGAUGAUCAUCGAAGUGGAAGGAGAAGAUGCUGGGUCACUGGACGUCGUGCCCCAAGAAAGCAGAGACUUCAAGAUUGUGACUGUGGACCUCACUGAGCAGGAGCAGAGCACUUGGAACAGUGCCCAGAAAACCCCAGAGAGAACUGUGAUCCUGGGGGGCCACAGGGACCUGUGGGACUUGCCACCUGUACAUGGAAUCGAAACAACCUCAAAGCAGACAGUGUCUGAUGAAGAACCCUCGCAUGGAGUGAAAAUAGAGGGGUUGGCAAGAGAUGAUCCUUGGCUAUCUUCAUGUGAAGAGCUCCAUGAUUAUGAGGAGCAGUUGGACAAACAGCAGGAUAAACAGGAGGAAGUGGCCUUUACUCAAGGGAGAGCUGGUCCUCCUGAGACGGUGUACAGGGGUGAUGAACUUGACAGGAGUUGCCUGAGUACCAGCCGGGUUUCUUUUCCCAUGAUACCACUCAGAAACCAUUUUCAUAAACAGGUAUCACAUAUUAGAAAGUUACAUGGUGAUACUGUUACAAACAGGUAUCAGAAGAGUAGUGAUAACACAGAUCUCCCUGAAAAUGACAAAUGUGGAAAAGUCCCUCAGAGCAUUCAUCUCACUCAGUGUACAAGAACCCCAAAAGGAGAUAAACCCAAUGAAUUUAAAGGUUGUAUUCAACCUAUUGGCCAUGGUAUACCCCUAAAUCUGCAUAAAAAAGGUCCUUUAGAAGGUAAAACCUUUGGCUUUAAAGGGCGUGGGCAAGUUUUGAACCAUAACAUAGUCCUCAGUGAAGAACAGAGGGUUCUUGUUAAAGAGAGCCAGUAUAAAUGUAUUAAAACUGCCCCAAAUCCAUCUCUGCCUCAAAAUAUGAGAAACUAUUCUGAAGAGAAACGUUUUGAAUGUAAGUAUUGUGGCAAGUCCUUCAGCUGGAGUUCGCAUCUCAUUGCACACCAAAGAACUCAUACAGGGGAAAAGCCAUACAAAUGCAACCUGUGUGGAAAGUUCUUCACCCGCAGCUCACAUGUUGUUUCUCAUCAGAGAAUUCAUACUGGAGAGAAACCAUACAGAUGCAAUCUGUGUGGGAAGUCUUUUACCCAAAGGUAUGUUCUUGUGGUGCAUCAACGAACUCAUACUGGCGAGCGGCCUUAUGAAUGCGGCCAGUGUGGGAAGUCCUUCAGGCAGAGCUACAAACUUAUUGCACAUCAGAGAACUCAUACAGGAGAGAAGCCAUACGAAUGCACUCAGUGUGGGAAAUCAUUUAUCCAGAGUUAUAAGCUUAUUGCACAUCAGAAAAUUCAUUCUGGAGAAAAACCGUAUGAAUGCAAUCACUGUGGGAAGUCCUUUAGUCAAAGCUAUAAGCUUGUUGCACAUCAGAGAACUCACACAGGAGAAAAGCCUUUUGAGUGUAAUUACUGUGGGAAAUCAUUCAGCUGGAGCUCUCAGCUGGUGUCGCAUCAGAGAACACACACAGGAGAGAAACCGUAUGAGUGUAAUGAGUGCGGGAAGUCAUUCAAUCGCAGUUCACAUCUUGUUAUGCAUCAGAGAAUUCAUACUGGAGAGAAGCCGUAUCAGUGUAAGCAGUGUGGGAAAUCUUUUAGUCAGAGUUACGUGCUUGUUGUUCAUCAGAGGACCCACACUGGAGAAAAGCCCUAUGAGUGUGGCCAGUGUGGAAAGACCUUCCGGCAGAGCUCCUGCUUUACUCAGCACCAAAGAACGCACACUGGCGAGAAGCCCUAUGAGUGUAAUCAGUGUGGAAAAAGGUUCAGUCUGAGCGCCCGGCUUAUUGUCCACCAGCGAACUCAUACUGGGGAAAAACCCUACAAAUGCAGCCAAUGUGGGAAGGCGUUUAUUAGCAGCUCUAAACGCAGUAGGCACCAGGCUACUCAUAGCGAGGAGUCCUGUAAGUCCUGACUUAGUUGAGAGUCUGAGUUUAUUCCUGUCAGUCGAGUCCUUUCUAAAGUUGUAUCUGAGGGAAUGCAUUUGGUGGGAAGUAAGAGUGAGAAGAAUUCACACAGACCCUUUCAUUAUCCCUGUGUCGCAGGUAGAAAAGAGUAAGGCUUUAGUGUGACAGAUAAGGAUCAGAAGCCCCUGGAGAAGAAAAACCUUACAAACUGGCAGAGAUUCUUUCUUGGAUGGCUCUGUGCAGGCAUCAUCCCUAAGCUGAUCACAGAAGGCACAACCUAGACCCAGAAAAACUGAGUUUAGAUCAUAUACUGCACACUUAGUUCAGAUCCCCUCUUGUUUGUGAGUUCUGGCCUGGUCCUUGAGAGCCCAGCCUCUCUGUUGUAAAGCUGACUAAGUUAAGCUCAGGAGGUGCGUGCUCAGCAAUAUCUUGACUGAAAAGGUAAUCAUUGGCCACCAGUUCUGCUCUCCUACUUUCUAGCUCUUUUCCUUCAUGUUACUAGGUAGCCGGGCCAUGUCCUCUCACCUCAUAUCUCCACCUAGAGUCUUCAUGCCUAUACACUUCAGGUAGAUGAGCCAUUCAGUUUCUCUUUCAUGCAGGCUUGACCAGUCAGGCUCCGGUCGUAGGCAAAUGGUAAACUCACGUUUGACUACCCUACUUCUCUUUACAGGAGCUGCCUUUAUAUCUCAAAGCUUUGCUUGCUCUUCUACUAUCCUCACUAGUCAUUCCUUGCAAUCCAGAGACAACAUAGGGUACACUGCCUCAGAUUGACAGGCAGCCACUGAGUUUUCAGGCCCCUAGUCCUCUAAGCUCACCUGAGCCAAGGAAUUGUCUCUGUUGCCCUCAUAGCUCCGCACAGUACUGCUGUGGAUGCUGGCCAUGAGCUUCCUGUUUAAGAAAAUUCACAAGCAGAGUCCAAUGUGGGCCAGCAUGGACUAAACGCCUAUCACUAGUGAGGCUGAAUCAAGAGGGUUCUGAGUUCAAGACCAGGUUGGGCUACAUGGCAAGACUGUCUCAAAAGAAAAACUAAUUCCUUAUGUGUACUCCUGCAAAAAUAGUGUAGUGUUGGUGAUUUCCUUGAAGAAAGAAAGCAGUCAGAUCUGAAUCUCAGAGAACCUAGAUCUGAAACUGAUGGCCUUUCCAAAAAGGCUAAAUGAAAUGCUGACUGGCUGAUGUGCUGUGGUGACUCAAGAGAAUGGCCUUUUAGAACUUAUAUCGAAAAGCAAAAUUUGACCAUGUUAACCCGCAUAAUUUUCCUGAUGGCAGUUUGUCAUAUUUUAUACUUCUGUUACAAGUGAAGAUUUUUUUCACAACUAAGGUAAAUGACCACUAUGAAAUGAAAUACGUGAUGAGAGUAUAAUCUCCAGAACUUCCUUGAUAAAAUGUGUACAGCUCGAAGUUGAAAGUGUAAUGGAUCUAUUUAUUUGAUACUUUUGUUUAUGUUGUUAUCAUUUGGAGAUGCAUGUUGUGCUAUAACAAAUGGUUCAAGGAAUAAAAAUUUAUCAGAAGCAAAAAAA